UUAAACAGAUUGGUGGCAACAUUUAAAAAUGAGAUUUAAAACUAAAAUCUGAAUUUCCAGUUUCUCUUUUAGAGUUGGCCCUUUCAACAGCGCUGAGCCCACACGCUGGAGUGGCAGCACGUGGAGGAACCUGAGAGGCUCCGCCUGCUGGGUGGCUCCGCCCUUAGCUGGUUUGCUCUCUGCCCCGCCGCCCCUGACUGUCUCCCUGACACCACGGCUAAGGGUCAGUUAUCAGUUAUCAAUAUGCUUGCCUGGGUGGUUUUUGCUUAUUUUGACCUAUUUUACUCACUUAUCUGCCUGGCCCUAUAAUUAUUUGAGCUUGGGACUCCAGUUCUAACCUUUGUCUCUCGGCUUAUUAGCUGGAAUCUAAUUUCUUCCUUCCUGUCACUCAUUACUCUGCUGCUGACCAUGUGAAGUCUCUGGGUGAACUGUUGGACCAGAGCCAGAGUCAUCAUUUGGCAGUGGAUAUAGUGUGGUGGCUUCCCUUUCAAUGGUUUCCAGAAAACUUGGCUGGGAGCUUCUCUUGGAGUUUAGCCAUAGGCUACAUGUUUUAGACAUCUUAAUUCAUACUGCACCCAAAGCUGUAAAAAUCCCCUUUAAAAAUCACAUUUGAUUUCUCCCUUGCUCCCCAUAUCCAUCAGUAGCAAACUCUUCUUGGUUCUGUAGCAUCUUCAGGCUUUCUUACUGCCGAUCUGGGUGCCUCAGUGGCGUCUCAGCUGGUGUAACUUCCAUUACUGCCCCAACCAACCACAUUCUAACAGAGCUGUCUUUCUGAAUUAGAUUUAAACAUAUCAGGCACCACAACCUCCCAAACAGAAAUCAUCAAUAGAUAUACUUAGAACGAACAUGCAUGGAAUCAAAUUUAGAUUCAGCCUAACAUUCAAAAUCUACCCAAGUCCUUCUCAGUCUGUUUCAUCGUACCUGUUACUGCUCCCUCUAACAUGCAGACCCCGUGACUCCUGUCUCUGUUCCAGGGCUUUCUCUCCUCCGAGCCACUGCUCAUGUUUUUAAAGAUAUGUCCAUGUUUAUGUCUCUUCAAAUCCCAGCUCUUUGUGACACUUUUCCAGAACCUCCCAGAUGAAAUUAAUCUUUCCUUCUUGUAUUCUCUUAGGAUGCUUACCCCAGCGCUUAUCCACGUCCGACCUGAGUUAUUGCUACUUGUGCUUUUCUCAUAACCUACCUUUGAGCCUGUGAAGGCAGGGACCAUAAUGCACACAUCUUUUAUUUCCUUCACCCAGCAGAGAGUUUAGCACACGUUGAACCAAAACAAAUAGAAAAUCCAUUUCCUGAAGCAACUUGAUGACUUGUCCUGAAAGAUUUGGGGCCCAAUGUAACCUUCAAAAUAGGACUCUAAGCUGCUUCUUUUGUUCCCCAGGGUAAAAUUAAUUUUUUUGUUUAAACAAUUUUUAUGUGUGAAGUUUUAAAAUUCUUGUUAGGAAGCAUGGCACAUUACCCAUGCUAAUUCUAACAAUAAUGAAACAAGCAGAUGAAUUCAGAAUGUGGAACAUUCUAUAAGACAGUGCUCCAGGACUGUUAAACAAGUGUCCAUGUUAUAAAAAACCAGCCAAUCAAAAUGACAAGGCGAGUGCUCUACAUUUUAAGAAAGACAUAACCAAAGACAAUGCAUGAACAUUCAUUAGAUCCUUGAUAAGAAGACAAGAGUCAUAAAAGGUAUUUUUGGCACAGUGGUGGAAAUUAUAUAUAAGAUAUUAGUAUCAAAUUAAUAUUACAUUUCUUGGGUAUAAUAACAAUAAUAUUGUGACUUACAUGGAAAAACGUCCUUAUUUGUUAGAAGAUGUACACAGAGUUAUUUCUAAGGGUAGCGUCAGGAUGUCGGCAACUUAUUUUCAGAUGGCUCAGCCAAAAAAACUAUAUCGAUCAAGAGACAAAAAGCAAGAGUGGGAAAAACAGUCAUUAAUAAAUCUAAAUGAAGAACGUAUGGGUGUUUCAUGGUACUCCUCUUUCAGUUUUUCUGGAGGUUAAAAAUUGUUUUAAAAUAAAAAGUUGGAGAAAAGGGGAAAAGGAAGAAGCCUAAAGGACUGGUUUAAUUUCCAAAUUAUAUUCUUCUUAGGCUAUUAUUGGGUAAGUUACUAGCUAAGCAGUGAAAACAAAACAUUCACUUGGGUAUGACGUUAUAUUUAGGAGUGAAACCAGCUAGGGGUGAACUGUACACGCGGUUGUAAGAAUUGUUGGGUCAGUUUUCUUGCUCGUUAGAGGGACUUCUCGUACGGACUAGGUGUGUAUCUAGGAAUGCAAGUUUUCACGGUGAGUAGAUUCAGAAAUAUUUAACAUAUCUUAGCUUUUCAUUAUCACGAGCCUGUUGAGAUGACCUGCUAUUCUAGGUAUCUCUGGAAGUGGUUAUAUUGAUUGGCCCUGUUUCUCUAGGUGAAAAAAAAAAAAAAAAAAAAAAAAAAAAAACCUGUAUCUCCUGCUUGGUUCUAGCAAAAUCGAUCUGGUUGAUGGAGGCAGAGAUAUAAAUAUAUUGGUGUAAAAGGACAAAUAGGAGAUAAGACUAUGUAUUUAUUGCCCAUUUAUGUAAUUACAUGUGUCACCAAGGACAAAGGUCCUUAAAACAAAGGCGAAAGGCAGAGCAGAAACAGUUCCCUGUAGUAAGAUAGAUAGAUUUGCUGCCACUUCCCUCCUCAUGAAUCUUCCUUCUGCAGAGUCACAUAUCCUUCUGGUUUUAUAAUUACUUUUGAAAACUUGACCACCUUUCUGGGCGCGACUCGAUGGCUGAAGAUACACUUCACUCCAGUAAAAAGAAAAUGCAGAUUUUUCAAGACCACUUGUAGGCUUCCAGCCGAGAGGACUGCACUUACUUCCUGAAGUCGGAUAAGCCUGGCUCUUGGAGGAAGCGUUACCAGGACCACGGCACCAUGGAUGUGGUGGGCGAAAACGAGGCCCUGCAACAGUUCUUUGAAGCUCAAGGGGCCAGUGGCACUCUGGGAAACCCUACCCUGGAUACAAGUCUGCUGGAGGAAUUCUUGGGCAAUGAUUUCGACUUGGGGUCCUUGCAAGGCCAGCUUCCAGAUACCCCACCCUAUUCUGCGUCAGACUCCUGCUCUCCUCCACAGGUCAAAGGUGCGUGCUGCCCGACUCUGACGCCCGCAGCCGGGAGGACCACAGCUGCUUUCCUCCGUGCCGCAGCUGCACCUGCAAUGCUGCCUGCACACCUGCCCCCCAGCUCGUCCGGAACCAGCGCCUCUGGCCACACCCACGGCGGCUUUCACAGCUGCUACCCAGACACCAGUCAUCUCGUGACCCCCCUGGACCAACCUGGGUCCUCCCACCUGGGGAUUGGUUGUUCUUACCAUCAGCACCCUCUGUGCCACAGUCCUGGAGCCUCAUUGCCAUCCACCAAGAAGAGAAAGUGCACACAGAUGCUGGAGGAUGCCGGGGACGGUCAAGUGUGGGCGCAUCACUCCAGACCAAUGACAAGCAGGAGUCACAGCAACGAAGCGCAAGACCGUGACAGUGAGAGGCAGAGCGCGACGCUUGCGGACCAGUGCUCGCCUGCUCCGAAGUGGCGGCCAUACCGAAGUGCUCCUUGGCAUGGUUUAGUAAACGGUCAAUACGAAAACCUACCCAAUAUCGGCUAUCGAGUUGUCACAGACAAAGGAUUUAAUUUUUCACCGGCAGAUGAAGCCUUUGUUUGCCAAAAGAAGAACCAUUUUCAGCUAACCAUCCAUAUCCAAGUCUGGGGAAGUCCAAAGUUUGUCAAAACCCAGAUGGGCCUAAAGCCAAUAGAAAUGUUUUACUUGAAAGCUUUUGGGGUUAAGGUAGAAGCCACCAAUCAAAUAAUUGCUAUUGAACAGUCCCAAGCAGACAGAAGCAAAAAGAUUUUCAAUCCUGUUAAAGUCGACCUGCUUGCUGACCAGGUCACCAAAGUAACGCUGGGCCGGUUACACUUCAGCGAAACCACAGCAAAUAACAUGAGGAAGAAGGGAAAGCCAAACCCCGACCAGAGGUACUUCAUGUUGGUGGUUGGACUGUAUGCUGCUAACCAAGACCAGUUCUACCUGUUGUCUGCCCACAUCUCUGAACGGAUCAUUGUCAGGGCCUCCAACCCUGGGCAAUUUGAAAAUGACACUGAUGCCUUAUGGCAGCGAGGACAAGUUCCAGAAUCUGUGGUUUGUCACAGUCAUGUGGGCAUAAACACAGACGCACCGGACGAAGCCCUGGUUGUCUGUGGCAAUGUGAAAGUGAUGGGGACAAUUAUGCAUCCGUCUGACAGCCGGGCAAAGGAGAACGUCCAGGAGGUUGACACGACUGAACAGCUGAGAAGAAUAGCCCAGAUGCGGAUUGUUGAAUACGACUACAAGCCUGAAUUUGCAUCUGCCAUGGGAAUCAGCGCCGCCCACCAAACAGGAAUGAUCGCCCAGGAGGUGCAAGAGAUCCUACCCAGAGCCGUCAGAGAGGUUGGCGAUGUCACCUGUGAAAACGGAGAGACGUUGGAGAACUUCCUCAUGGUCGAUAAGGACCAGAUCUUUAUGGAAAAUGUAGGUGCAGUGAAGCAGCUCUGCAAACUAACCAACAACCUUGAAGAAAGAAUAGAAGAGUUAGAAAUAUGGAACAGAAAGCUGGCCCAGCUGAAGCGGCUCAGUAGUUGGAAGUCCUCCGCCAGCGAAGCAAGCUCAAUCAGCAAAUUUAGCAGAGCUUUUAGCACAUCUUCUCCAAGAAGGACCAUUCCCAAAAAACCCAGCAAGGUUUAUUUUUCAGGAAAAAACCAAUCAUGUCCCAACUGGGUUUUCCAGACCUUGGUUAUAACGCUCAUUGCUGUGAUGGCCUUUUGUGCCUUGACGAUCGUCUCCCUUUACAUACUUAGCUUAAAAGAUCAAGACCGAUGUACCCCGGGUCUCCCUUCCAGCAACAUGACAAGCUCUCAGGAGCCGGAGCUGCCACCCACAGCCUCCCCCUCGGCACCAAAUGCAUCCGUUGCAACCACACAACCCUCCUUCCAAGUACCAGAAAUCACUUUCUGUGAGAUCCUGCCAUGUCUGGAGACUUACUGCUGCCCGAUCUGGGGAACAGGAAUACUCCUCUCCAGUCCUGUGCAAAGACAGCCGGAGGAGAAGCAGCCCCACCAGAGGCUGCGGGCAGCAGCGUUUGAAAAGUGGUACAAAUCUGUGGGAGAGAUGUUACUUUUCAAGUUCACAGCCAACACCACAGACUCCUUCAUGCAAUCAUCUGAGGUUCCAAAGUCUCCAGGAGACAGGAGCACAUCGUUCUUGGCAGCAGAGGCGCAAAGCAGCCUUGACUGGGGGAGUGACUGGAUUGAUACAACCAUCAGUUCUAUUCAGAUCAUGGAAAUCCAGCAAACAAUAGAUCGUCGGUUUUGCAGUAGAAGUCUCCAGUGCGGGUCCGGAAAUUACAAUUACUAUAUUCCUGUUAAUAAAUACACACCCACCAAUGUUAAAUUCUCUCUGGAAAUCAACACCACAGAGCCCCUGAUAGUCUUCCAGUGCACAUUCACCCUUGGAAAUGUGUGCUUCCAGAGUCAAGGGGAAGCCAGAGGGGUGCAAAGCCACCAAGAAGUCUCCCAGGAGAUGACACAGGGAUAUCAGCACAUUUGGAACCUCCCUGUCGCCCCACUCUUUGACAGCUCAUACCAUUUCCGGGUAGCUGCACCGGACUUAGCUGACUGCUCCACGGACCCUUAUUUUGCCGGGAUAUUCUUCACAGACUACUUCUUUUACUUCUAUCGACAUUGUGCCUAAUUUAUUCAAGUUUGCUGGGGGACUUAACCAAAGAAAAAUACUCAGAUAUGGUUAACGGAAACUCACGUCCUCUUACGACUUCUUUCUUUUCUUUGUAAAACAUGCACCUUUUUUGGGCAGACUUCUCGCAGGCUUUGGCUUCCAACAGUUUUGAGACGUUUAAUGAGGAGAAUAAAGUGUUCGCUGGAACUUGAGAUAACAUGGUGUUUGUUUUUUGCCGUGACUAUGAGGAAAAGAUUUCCUGGAGUCAACAGCGCUGUCAGAUCUGAAAAUACUGCUUCUGUGAUGAAGGAGGCGGGGAGGUCAAAACGGACAGGUCUAUUUAACUUUACUUUGUCUCAAUGUACCGCAAAGCUUUGGAGAAAAACAUAAAGGUCCAUUUCAGCCAUAUCAACUUGGAUCCACCAAAUAUAGACUCUUAAGAAUGUGUGAUACGGUGUGUGUUUGGGGGGUGGGGGGUGGUGUCCGAGCUCACAUUUAGGCAAACUAUUGCUAUGAGUGUGUGUGUGUGUGCGUGUGCAUGCUUGUGCACUGUGCACACUAGUGUGGAAUGCAGCUUGCUAAUAAAUUGGAUUUAAGAAAAAUAGCUGCAAUUCUACUGUGUGAUGUCUGAUGGAUGCUAAAC